AUGAAGACCUUUUCCAACUUCGUAGUUGCCACAUGCUGGCUAUUUGUGGCUCUAGCCCGCGGCCACACAGUCCUCUCCUACCCAGGAUGGAGAGGCAACACCUUCAUCACAAAUGAGACAUACCCCUUUGGGAUGCAAUGGACCUACCCAUGUGGCGGCCUCGGCGUAACGCGAAACAGAACCUACUGGCCCAUCAGCGGCGGCGCCCUCGCCGUCCAACCGGGCUGGAACUCGGGACACAAGACGGCGCUCAUGUACAUCAACCUUGGCCUUGGCGAGUCGCCGAAGAACUACUCCAUGGUCAUGGUGCCCCGGUUUCAGCUGACGGGGCCCUCGAACCAGGAGUACGAGGGGACGUUCUGCCUGCCAGAGGUGCCGCUGCCGGCUGGUGUGGCGCCCAAGGAGGGUGAUUUGGCGUCGAUACAGGUCGUGGAGGCCGCACAGCAUGGUGCGGCGUUGUUCAGCUGUGUCGAUAUCAUCUUUACGGAAGACGCGUCAAAGGUUACCCCAGUGACAGCGGAUAACUGCUUCAACUCGACGAACCUCAAGGUUGAAGCGGCGACGCUUGAGACGAAUUCCUCGCCUAUUACUGACCCGUUGUCCCCGGCGACCACAACUACUACUACGCCGAGCGCGUCUCCAACUAGUGGAGCUCCCCGGUUGGCGUCAAGCUUUUUCGGUCUCUUGGGCAUGUUGUUGCUUGUUUAA